UAGCCAACGUACGCCGGCAGUUGGACGGGUGAGCUCAACGCGACCGCAAGUGUGCGCCGAAGAUUCACUGAAUUGACAGUUUAAGAGUGAAAAGUGUUUAGCAAUUGCUGCAAAGUGCGCAGGCGGUUCACCGAAGCAGUUCAGAAGCAACGCGUAAUUUAAAAGUUGGAAAUUCCAAAAUUGCUGCGGUUUUUAAAAUAAACAAAAUUCUACGUUGACAGAACGAAAUUCGAAAUUUUGCACAAAGAACAAUGUCCGAAACACCCACGCAGCAAGCAGUCGCAAGUGCCGUGACGCCACCGACGCCCGCCGUGCUUGUGGCGCGCCAACAACACCAACAGCCGGAGGCGCCGAAAGAGAUUUCCGCGCUGAAACGAGCUGCGCUGCAGGUGAUGGCCGGCGGUUCGGCUGGUUUUGUGGAGGUUUGCAUUAUGCAGCCGCUGGAUGUGGUGAAGACGCGCAUGCAGUUGCAGACGACGACGAAGGCGCUGGGAGAGAGCCACUACAAUGGCGUCUUCGACUGCUUCGCCAAAAUGUAUCGCCAAGAAGGUUUGUUCUCCUUCUGGAAGGGUAUCCUCCCACCUGUGAUAGCGGAAACGCCCAAGCGUGCCAUUAAAUUUGUCUGUUUCGAACAAACUAAACCGCUAUUUCUCUUUGGAGCACCAGCACCUACACCACUGACAUUCUCGCUGGCUGGCCUGACAGCCGGUCUCAUCGAAGCCAUCGCUGUCAAUCCUUUCGAGGUGGUCAAAGUGGCGCAGCAGGCGGACCGCUCGAAAAUGAAGGAGGCCGAGAGUACCUGGUCGGUGGCGAAACGCAUAGUAAAGACCGACGGACUGGGUUUCCGUGGUCUCAACAAAGGUGUCACUGCGACUAUGGGACGCAAUGGUACCUUCAACAUGGUCUACUUUGGCUUCUAUCACAGUGUCAAGAACUACGUGCCUGCCUUUGAGGACAACACACAGGAGUUCAUACGCAAGGUAUUGAUUGGUUUUACAUCCGGCACGCUGGCCUGCUUCAUCAACAUACCAUUCGAUGUGGCGAAGUCGCGCAUACAGGGCCCACAACCACAAGCAGGUGUGGUCAAAUAUAAGGGCACCUUCCGCUCCAUUGGCAUUGUGUACCGUGAGGAGGGCUUCCGCGCGCUCUACAAGGGACUCGUGCCGAAAGUAAUGCGUCUAGGCCCGGGCGGUGCCAUUAUGUUGCUAGUCUUUGAGUAUGCUUACGAAUUUCUGCAGCACAAGUUCUUGUAGGGACCCGAGCUAGCGCUUUAAGUAUUUGUGAAAUUGCCUGUUUACUGCCCGAAAGCAGUAUAUACACAGUGACAUACAUACAUACAUAAUUUUGUACCAUACAGAUUACUUGAUAAAUUGUUUAAAUUUUAAUCUUAUAAUAUCUUUAAAUGGAAAAUUUAAUAAAAAAGUAAAAUUUUUAUUUUUUGUAA